UGCAGAUUCUGACACUCCCACGUUUUUCUUGUCGAAAUUCUCAGCAUUCGGUCGGCCAAGGGCGUAACCAAAUAAUCGACUUUCCGACAUAGCAAACAUAUGAUCACUUUGCCGCAGGGAGAUCAAGCAAUAUUAAUCAUGUCGGCAGAAGCAGAUAUGGGCGAUAUGGAGGGGCUGGAAAACGGGGCAGGCAACGGGGCUGACAUGCUGCUCGACGACUCAGGGGCUGGAGCUGCUGACGACGCCGAAUUGGAAGCGAUAAAGGCCCGGGUCCGCGAAAUGGAGGAAGAGGCGGAAAAACUGAAACAACUUCAGAGCGAAGUCGACAAACAGAUGAAAAUGCACAGUCCGUCGGCUGGAGCUUCAAAUCUGUCUGUCGAAGAGAAAAUGGAGGUUGACGCUCGAUCUGUUUAUGUUGGAAAUGUCGACUAUGGCGCAACUGCUGAAGAGCUUGAGCAGCAUUUCCAUGGCUGUGGAAGUGUCAAUCGAGUAACCAUCCUCUGCAACAAGUAUGAUGGCCACCCAAAAGGUUUUGCGUACAUUGAGUUUGCUGACAGAGAGGCUGUGGCUACUGCCAUGGCAAUGGAUGAGAGCUUGUUCCGAGGCAGGCAGAUCAAGGUGAUGCCGAAACGAACCAACAGACCAGGCCUAUCCAAGACUGAUCGCCCACCCCGAGGCAUGGGGGCAGCCAGAUUCCGCGGCGGGCGUGGCUCGCGAGGUGCACCGGCCUUCAUGGGCUACCGUGGGGCCAUUCGUGGUCGGGGUAUAAGGUACGUUGCGCCUCCUGCACAAGAAGCGCCCCCUCCUCAAGUGAUGCCAAUCAUGGCUCAGUACCACCCUCACCAGCCACCCGCCUUGGGGCUGCAGUUCCCUCACUGACAGGCAGCCACCUCUGCACCUCCACUGUGGCCGGCACACCUGCUGCCCGAGUAACGAGCUGCAGGGGUCGCGCGCACACUCGUGAGCAGCAGCAAGUUCAUUUAUUGUCUCGCAAACGGCGAAAUCGCUAGUAAAAUAAACACCCUCGCUCGUCCCGCCGGCCGACUCGCACACUUUUCCUUCACUUUCCGAAUGACGCUGGGCUUCUCUUGGUUUCUAUUUCUGUCUGUACUAGGCAGAAAUGCCGUCUUUGUAAUUGUUGGUUGUUGUCCGGCUGGUCGUUGCAGGGGGCGUCCUUCUGGCGCUCUGAUAGUUCUUCCAUGCUUGAAGGCAGCUUCGAUUGCUGCUACCACUGCUGUUAAAGCGAAUUUCACCGUUUCGUUUCACAAUGAUGAUGAUGUUUUGAUCGUUUUGUAUAGUGUAAUCGUUGUUUUAGCCAUUGCUGCUGUUCAUCCCCUCCGCUUGUGGGAGGGGAGGGGUGUAGAGGUACUACUUGAGUAUAACUAUAACAAAAAAUAACGUAAAUUACUGCUUCGUCAACCGCGAACGGAUAGUAAAACCAAGAAAGCAACUUUUAAUGACGACUUUCCACAUUUAUUUUAUACUGCCAUAUUAAUAACAAAGUUUCCGUGUUUUUAUUUUUGCACAUUGCGUUCUUCCUUGUGUAAUGAAGCGUGGAAGGAGUGUUUCUCUUAUAGAUUACUCAUUUAACCUACGAAAGUUGUUGUAUUUCUAGUUUACGAAUCAUUACAUGAAGUGGUUAUAAUUAAUCAAAUGAUACUGCCGCUUAGCAAAUUAGCAGGAGUCAGAUUUUCUUACACGAUGAUGAUGAUGAUGAUACAAUGUUAAAAGUAAUAUUCCACAGUUGUUGCUGUCGUCAGUCACACACUACUUUCCUAAUGCUUGUGUAGUUCACGAACCUAAUAUCGUAAAGUGUUUGUAUGUGGAGAUAAAUUUCUUGUUCACACGCGCAUCUUUAUGACUAGAGCACAUUAAUGCAUAAGAAGACGAAACUUGAGGGGGCUGAAUAAUUUGCUGAGGCAACAAGUGGAGCUUACGUUAAAGCAAAGUCCUUUCCGCUUUUUCCCCUAAUCGUCUGUCUGUCUGACUACCCUGCUGUCCCGCAUUGGCAGUCGUUGCUUCGUCAAGUGGGUAGUUGAGCCUAACCCGUUUUGUUUAACUUUUGAAAAAAAAAUUCACAUCGGCGGGUACGAACGAUGUGUCAGCUGCGUUGAUUCGCGUCUAGUCAAAGCAAAAAGCAAGCAAACAACUCCAAUUAAACGCAAACCAAGUCAUUGACUUUUGAAGUCUCCCCGAGGCGAUGAUGAUAAUAUACACUUAUGUGCUGUACUAUUUUUAUCUCUCAUUAGUGGAAUGGAAAAUAACUAACUCCUCUUUAACUGUUAGACAAACGAAAUGCCCACACUUUGGCUGUUCACUUUUUUAUGUUGAAUCCGCUACCUCUACAAAAGAUUUUAAGCAAUGUUCACGAACAGAGGAAGCACCUGAAAUGCUCAAUGUCUUUUUACAAAGGCUAUGUGUGGGCAGAGUUAUCCAGUUGAUCUUGCCACAGCUCGGCUGGACACUUACUUUCUUUGUCCGCCGAGCCUGCGGCAAUAUAUUUGCAAAAUAAUUAUUGUUCUAGAUAAAAAAAAUAACUUCACCGUUUUCUCCUUGUCGCAAGUGCACAUUAGCGAGUAGACUGCUGCUUUCGAUUGGCGCCCAAGACUGCUCCGUACGCGAGAUUUGAUCCACGCUGGCAAAAUUAAUCUCUUCUGUGUAUAGAAAAGCAGUGGAUCGCGAAACUCCCUCCUCUUUUAUACACUACUCGCGCCCCUCGCUUUUGAGCGGGCCGCCGACGCAUCAUAUAUUAAAUAAUAGUUAUUAUACCUCUGUUCUCUCCACUCACGUGCAAGUCGACACCGAAAGUAAUGUGCGCCUGCUUUUGCUUUCUCCUCAUCCGAUAAUUGUAUCACACAAUUCUUGUUACACGACACGAAGAAGCAAAAGAUUAAUCUUAGAACUACAUACUGUUAUGAUUGGCCACGCGGCCGGACGGCGCGGGGAGACGAUUUACUUUUUUCCCCCGUCAGACGCCUCUGCCGCCGCGCCAGUCAAGUCAUGUGUUUUGGUGCUGACCUUAAAAAAGCUACCGCGGCACCCGCUCCUCUGGGCACCCUGGUAUAUUAUCGGGGCACCCACGACGGGCUAGCUGCUUUGUUUAAGGCUGAACUACUAUACUUAGUGAAAGCAGACAUAUUUGAGGGAAAUGAAACACAAUUAUUGUCAGGGGCUUGUUUGAUAAAUGAAAAUUUCUUGAUAUAUACGACUUUUGAUUCAGACACGCAUUUGGAAAAAUAAUAAAGAGAGAAUUUUGUUACACGACGCAUACACACACACACGGAAUAACUCACACAGACACACCGAAGUAACUAACUGCAGUGUAAAAACAACCCCCUUUUGUACAAGCUACAGAUAAAUCGACCCUUGCCACAUUUUAGAGCACUACUUUGUAACGCCAUGUUGUUUCAUAUUUAUACAAUUAAUUCGCGAGAUAAUAUGAUGAUGAAUCGCCUCUAUUGUUGUUGAUGGUUAAGUUGUCUCUUACUUGUUAUGAUUGCGCUGUUUGUAAAACUCUACUGUUUGAAUAACCAAUGGAAAAAGGGUAUUUUGUUGGUGACUUUGAAGAAUUUGUAUUAUUUGAUUAACUCUCGCACCGAAACAUUUGAUUGCUCCACAGCUACUAGUGCUGCAUUCGUUAUUUUUACUUUUUUAUCAUUGGUGGACAAUUGAGAGAUGACUGACAAUUUGGAAAAAAGAAGUGACACCAGACGCAAAAAAUAACUGUGGUCAUCUCUAAUAAAGUUAUGGAAACCUUAAA